AUGUUAACUAAUAAGAGAAAGUUGUUAGUAGAUGAAACAAUGGCAUUGACUGAAGAGUGCAGCGCAAUCAUAAAGCAGAUGCUCCCUCCUAAAUUAAAAGAUCCAAGGAGUUUCAUUGUACUUUACUCUAUAGGAAAUUCACAUAAUUUAAAUGCCUUAAUUGAUUCUGGAGCAAGUAUUAAUCUGAUGCUACUAUCUAUCUACAGAAAAUUAGGAUUGGAUGAUUCAAAAGCAACAUCAAUAAUCCUACAGUUGGCUGAUAGGACAUUCAAGCAUCCUUAUGGAAUGGUAGAUAAUUUACUCAUCAAAUUUGGAGAUCACUAUUUUCCAGAUGAUUUCAUUAUCCUUAAUAUAGAUGCUCAACAUAUCCCGUUAAUUUUGCGGAGACCAUUCUUAGCAACUGCACGAGCAUUAAUAAAUUUUGAAAAAGAUGAGUUAAUCUUAAGGGUGGAAGAAAAACAACAAAUCUUCACAAUGAAUGGUCCACUCAAGCAACCAGUUGACAUUGAGAAAUUCCGAAAGAUCUAUCCUUAG